AUGCUUCUACCUCCAAUUGACCAAUUUUCAAGUUAUGAUGAACUCCUUGCUCAUGUUCGAGCCUUUGUUUUAACUCAAGGAUAUGCUGUAACCAUAAUGGCAAAGCAGACAGUGUCAAGACUUUUGGAUUGUCCAUUUGAGCUCCAUGGGACCAGAUGCAAUGGUGUUUGGUUUCUUGAGGUUCACAAUUCUGAGCAUAAUCACGAAGCAUCAGAGGAUAUGUCUGGUCAUCCAAUCACUCACAGGUUGAACACUGAGCAACGAGAGCUAGUUCAGCAAAUGUCUGCCACUGGAUCCCAUCCUCGUGAAAUUUUGUCAACCAUUCAUCAGAGUGAUCUUUCUUCUAUGGCCACAUCUAGAACAAUCUACAAUACUUUGCAUUCCAUUCGUGAAGAAAGACUUGAUGGUCAUGAAAAAGAAGCAGAUUAUGAAUGGGCCUUGAGUUACAUUUCAAAAAUCUUUAAUGGAAUGUCUCAUCCUAAAGUCAUUGUCACUUAUCAAGAAUUAGCACUGAUGAAUGUCAUUGGUAGAAUCUUUCCUGAAGAAGAUUGGACUGAGUUCAUUGAAUUGUGGAAGGCAUAUCUUCAAGAAACCUGGAUCCUACAUAAAGAAUGCUUCAUUUCUGCCUGGGUUGAUCGUUACUUGCAUCUUGGUAACAAAGCAACUUCACAAGUAGAAGGUGCACAUGCUACUCUUAAAAAGUAUUUACAGUCAUCCAGAGUACAACAUGUGUACCGUAUAGCUCUGUUUGAACCUCUCUUGUGUUGUGUAUCUGUUUUUGCCUUGAAAAAGAUCUGUGACGAGUGGAUCAAGGCAUCAAAUGCAACACUAGAUUCUCCCUUGAAUCCUUGCUCAGGGAUCCUUAGCUCCACAAUGGGUCUUCCAUGUUCACAUCUCAUCAGUGAACGUAUAGCAAAUGGCCAAACAUUGCAGCAAACUGAUAUCCAUGAACACUGGUGGAUCAAAGGUUGCCAUUUUGAAUUCUUAGGAGAUCUUACAUGUCCUGUCAAUGGUGACCACACUAAUCUUCAGCUUCUUUUACAAUCUUUUGCACAACAAUACCAAUUCUGGCCACCACACCAACAAGCUGCUGCUCAUACCCAGUUGGAGGAAUUGACUUCUGCUCCUCCUGAUGUACUGGGAAACCCUGAAGUUAGUAGGCCACAAGGAAGACCAGUUGGAGCAAGAAACCAAAGAGAAGGAUCAAUGCAGAGAGAUCCAUCUGCAUUUGAGCUUGUUGAAAGAAGGCCAAGGAAAUGUGGUAUAUGUUGUCAAACUGGUCAUAAUAGCGAACAUGUUCUACCGUGUAAAUAA